AGAAAGCACCCGACGACCCGACAUUUAUAAAUCGGCAAGCAGGACAGUUUAAAGAUAUGCGAGAGAAGUACCACCGGACAUUUCUGUUUCUCAUUCCAUUUCUAAUAUCUUCAGUACAUUGCCAAUUAUCUUGUCAUCGAAUACCAACUUCAUUUUGUUGUACUUCAAGAAUACGGGAUCAAUGUCCAGAACAGUGUGCUUCAGUCCAAUGUGGCACUGAUUUUAUUCAUAGUUUAUUCUCAACUGAUGGUUCUCGACGGCCGGCACCAAGCGGAGCACACGAUGGGAAUGCAAAUAUUGGAGGAACAGGAAGUGUGGAUAAUUUGAGAUCUGCUUUCGGAUCCGCUGGAGAUUCCGAUCCUUCCAUAACCUCGUUUGAAAAACCCGAUCAAUCUGUCCCAGGAGCUGCCACGUGGAAUUCCAACUCUGGAGAUGCAAGAAUCGGAGCACAGAAAGCAACAACUACUCCAGCUCCAACUGGAUUCCCUACUCUUAUUCCAUUUUCCUCCGAGCCCUGGACCACUGGAACUCAGACUCCACUGGCUCCUGCUGCAAGCUCUGCAGUUCCAGAAAUUCAAGCACCAAGUAGAAUUCCAGGUCCAGAGCUUCCAGUGAGAAUCCCGGCUCCAACGAUGAGCCCAUGGAAUCCAAGUUCUCGAAGGAAUGCUCAUCGACACCGUACAACACCUGAUCCAAGAAUAAUCCGUCCUCCAGAGUCACUCGUAGUUAUUGGAGAUUAUGAUGAAGAUGAACCUCCGUCUGAAAAUGCAGUGGUUGACUCACCUCAACCAUUUGUGACGUCACCUCCUCCAGCUCAACCACUCUUCCCUCAACAGACUCCACCCCCACCUGCAUCACCUCUUAUCAGUAACAGUGGAGAUGUAUUUGCAAGAUCAAGGAAGGAAAUAAGUGGAGCACCGGAUUCGGAGCAACAAUCUGGAAGUGCUGCGACAUUGAGAGACUCAUCGGUAAUAUCAUCAAAUCCAUCAUCAAUUCCCUAUCUUGUUCGCCGUUUCUCAUCUCGAAGCUCCUCCCCUUCUUUUGCUCAUUCUCGAGCUCAUCAUCGUCUUAUCUGCCGUCUCACUACACCUGGCCGCCUUGCUUGUAAUCGUCCAAUUUCCCGACUUUACAAAAAUCGUUACGUCACACCGCCUAAAUCAUGGAAUCGACCGGAUGUUCGGAAGACGAGUCCGUUGAGAAUUCGCAAGAAAAAUUUUGCGACGACUAAAAUUCAUAUCACUCCGUUUAUGGGUGAACUUGCGAGAAAACGACGGAAAUUAGAUAGUGGUUCAUCUCACGAAUGGAAGGUGUCUAUAAUUCCACGUGGACAGAAUAAAAAACCGGCAAAUGUGAAGUCAAUUCCACCAUUUACAAUUGAUGGAAAAGCUGAUGAGAGGUUUAAUAAAUUUUAUAGAACAAUUGACAGUGUGAUAAACAAUUUGGAUUUGACAAACGGAGGAAAUUUACACGAAAGGGAGGGUGAACCACAAAUACGAUUAGAGGGAAGCACUGGAAACUCAAAGGAUCUAUCAGUAGAAUCAUCUGCAGCUGUAAUAGUACCCCGUACUACUGUAGCUCCAGGUGUUACUAAUAAAGUCAGUGUAAUACCAUUCCGUCCACUACACUUUACUGCUCCACCGAGAAACGGUCCACCAGGAGUUGCUCCGCCAAAAGGAGCAGCUGGAAAUGAACAAUGUGGUGUUUCUCCUGAUUUUACUCCGUGUGUUAGCAAUGAAAUUGCGAGUAAAUCACUUUUAGAAUGUUGUAAACGAAAGAAUUUACCUGCUGGAUGUCAACAAUUAUGCAGAUAUGAUAUUACACAGACAGAGAUCCGUGCUGCAAUGGACCGUGGACAAUGUGGAAUAUUUAACGUGGCUCCAUUCUUAGAAUGUGCAUCACAGGGAAAAGAUAAUUCAGAGUGUUGUAGGCACAGGGGAAUUGUUCAGAAAACAGGACCCCAAUGUGAGCAAUUCUGUCGUCCGGCUCAAGGACUUUCAUCUCUUGGAGUUCAGCAUAUUGUAUGUGGAAAUGCAGUUGGUGAUAUGCUUCAUUGUCAUCAUUCUGGUGUUCGAAUUUAAUUUUAAUUUCUGUUUCAAAUAUUUCUGUAUAUUUUGACAAUUCUCUAAUGCCAUAAUCUUUCAAUUUUCCCAAUUUGUUAAAAAAUUCUAGUCAUUUUUCAAUGUACUCAUUAUUAUUCCAUUUUCAUUUUUGCUGUGAUCUCUGAUUUCAUUCGUAAAGUUUAUUUUUAAGGUAAUUUUUUUCAUUACAAGAUUUUCAAUAAAUUAUCAUU